UGCCGGGGACCUCCCGCCGUGGUGGCGUUCUCGGAAAGCGAGGAGGUGGUUGGCUUGGCCGCGAAGCAGAGCAGGAUCAGAAACGUUUCCAGCACUGUGGUGAAAGUAAAGCAGAUCCUUGGGCGAAGCUCUGGUGACCCACAAGCUGAGAAAUACAUUACGGAAAGCAAGUGUUCGAUAAUUGAGAAGAAUGGAAAACUUCACUAUGAAAUAGAUAAUAAACUUAUUAAUCCAGAAGAUGUCGCAAAACUCAUUUUCAGUAAAAUGAAAGAAACUGCUCAGUCUGCAUUGGGUUCAGAUGUAAAUGACGUUGUUAUCACUGUACCAUUUGAUUUUGGAGAGAAUCAGAAAAAUGCCCUUGGGGAAGCAGCUGCGGCUGCUGGAUUUAAUGUUAUGAGGUUAAUCCAUGAGCCAUCUGCAGCUCUCCUGGCUUACGGAAUUGGCCAAGAUUCACCCACUGGGAAAAGCAAUGUGUUGGUUUAUAAACUUGGUGGAACAUCACUCUCUAUCACAGUCAUAGAAGUAAACAGUGGAAUAUACCGUGUUCUGGCUACAAACACAGAUGAUAGCAUAGGUGGAGUUUGCUUCACAGAGGCUUUAGCGCAACACUUAGCGUCUGAAUUUCAGAGGUCUUGUAAACAUGAUAUCAGAGGAAAUCCCAGAGCCAUGAUGAAGUUAAUGAACAGCGCUGAUCUUGCAAAGCACUCGCUAUCAACCCUGGGAAGUGCAAACUGUUUUGUAGAUUCACUAUAUGAUGGCUUGGAUUUUGAUUGUAAUGUGUCCAGGGCCAGGUUUGAACUUAUUUGUUCUCCACUUUUUAGUAAGUGUAUAGAAGCAAUUAAAAAACUAUUGCAGCAAGUUGGGUUUACAGCAGAUGAUAUUAAUAAGGUAGUUCUGUGUGGUGGGUCUGCUCGAAUCCCAAAGCUACAGCAGCUGAUCAAAGACAUUUUUCCAACUGUGGAGUUGCUGAACUCUAUUCCUCCGGAUGAAGUAAUUCCCAUUGGUGCAGCCAUAGAGGCAGGAAUUCUACUGGGGAAAGAAAAUCCCUCUUUAGAAGAGGAAGCACUCUUAAUUGAGUGUUCUGCCAAAGAUAUUCUACUUAAGGGAGUAGACGAGUCAGGGGCUGACAAAUUCACAGUGCUAUUUCCAUCAGGGACACCAUUACCAGCUCGAAGGCAGCACACCUUGCGUGCUCCUGGAAGUGCUGCUUCUGUGUGCCUUGAGCUAUAUGAGUCAUUAGGGAAAAGUCCUUUGAAUGAAGAUGACAAAUUUGCACAGAUUGUGCUCCAGGAUUUAGAUAAAAAGGAGGAUGGUCUACAUGAUAUACUAACUGUCCUCACUAUGAAGAGGGAUGGGUCCUUGCAUGUUACCUGCACAGAUCAAGAUACAGGAAAAUGUGAAGUCAUCACUGUUGAAGUGGCAUCAUAGUCCCAUUUGAAAGGAAGCAUUUUUCUGAGCUGUUUUUGUCUCUUGUUGGCUUGUCCUCCAAAGUGAUGACUAUCUCUCAAGUGUCUUUAAUUAUUCGUAGAAGACUGUAAUAAACUGAAGUAAAACCUUAGUUUGCCACCAAGUCUGUUUGGAGUGGGAAAUACAGAAUGUUGAUCUAGACAUGCAGACAGAUGAGCGUUGAGUUAUCGGCAGCACUUUUUUUUAAGAAAAA